AUGUCAUCAACAACAACUGAAACCACUUUCCAUCCAUUCCCAAGACUUUCCCCCCAGCUUCGUUGCAAGAUAUGGAGGGCAUCGUUUCCUGGUCCUCGAUUAAUCCUCGUCUCCAUUGAAGAGGGAAAUCUGGUGAGCAACGCCAGCCUUCCCAUCAGCCUCCAAGUUUGUCAAGAAUCACGAUACGAGACUUUAAGAUUCUAUAAACUUCGCUUCGCCGUGGACCCGUCAAAUGCCCGCAUAUACUUCAACCCAGAAUGCGAUGCGAUACAGCUCCUCAGUCCGCGACCCAUGGAUCCAAACAGCCUAGCUGCCUAUUCACGCCUGUUUUCCAUGGCAAGUGUGGCCAUCAAGAACGAUAUAAAAGCUGUAUGCAUGCAUGUAACAUGGGCUAGCGAAACUACUAUUCGCGUCUUGAGGACUGAUACAGGCGAAGCUCCUUUCACGUCCUUGUUUGGGCCAGACUGUCAGGUGUUUUUAUUCACAGACAAGUCGCAAAUGCUACCAUUUCCCCAAGCAACCUGGAAGCCCAAACGGCAAACGGUCACGCAAUCGAGUGACUUGGGUUCAGGAGUAAAGGCCAUCUUCGGUACUACGAAAUUCACGUCCAUUGUGCAUGCAAUGACAAUGAAGUUUGGAACGGCAAGCCAAGGAUUCCGUUCAUUGAGCAAGAUUGGACCACAUAUUUCGAUGGGUUUGGUAGUGUGGUCAGGCAGUAUAUUGAAACUACCUUGUAGGAUUGAAGAUUGUCAUGAGUGUUCCGCGGUAUGA